AUGGAGCGAGGAGGUUUGCGCUCGCUGCUUGGCGUGCUCCUCGUGCUCGCGAGGGCGCACUCGUUCGCGCCGCACGCGACUCGGCCAGCAGCAGCCGCCGUGCGGCUCGCUCGCCCGCCCGCGAUGUCGGCCUUGCCGCCCGAGGUGGACGAGGUUCCGAUGCGAGUGCAGCUGAUCGUCGAGCCGACGCCGUUCACGCACGUGUCAGGCUACGCGAACCGCUUCAAGGAGUACCUCAAGUACCAAAAGGCGGCGGGCGCGGAGGUGUCCAUCAUCACGCCCGACGACUCUGAGGACGCUCCGAAGCACUUCCUCGGCUACCCGAUCGCGACGAUCCGAGGCUUCCGCUUCCCGCUCUACAAGCAGGCACGCCGCCGCUCUCGGCCUCGCCUCCCGCCGCCCCGCCCCCCGUCGCCGCCGCCGUCACCGCCGCCGCCGCCCUCUCAGAUCUACCUCUCGUGGGGCAUCUCGCCCAUCGAGGGCAUGCGCGAGGGCCUGUGGCGGCGGCUGCGGCCGUGGAACAGGCUCGUCUCGCGGCGCAAGAACAAGCUGGCGUGCCUCUCUGCGGUGUCGGAGGUGAUCGACGAGUUCGAGCCGGACCUGGUCCACGUCACCUCCCCCGGCUUCAUCCCGUACAUGACCACCUACAUCGCCCGCGAGUGGAAGGACGUCCCCCUCGUGAUGUCUUACCACACGCACAUCCCCGUCUACGCGCGCACGUACGCGUGGCACAUCCCCGUCUACGCGCGCACGUACGCGUGGCACAUCCCCGUCUACGCGCGCACGUACGCGUGGCACAUCCCCGUCUACGCGCGCACGUACGCGUGGUGGCUGGGCGGGCUCGGCGAGUGGCUGGCGUGGAGCGUGAUCCGGCAGCUGCACGACUGCGCCGACCUCACGGUGGUCACCUCGCCGCAGAUGAAGGCCGAGUUCGAGGCGCACGGCGUACAGCGCGUGGAGGUCUGGAACAAGGGCAUCGACACGCACGUCUUCCACCCGAAGCACGGCGCGAAGGCGAUGUGGGGCGAGACACACGCCCCCGACGAGGAUGACGACCCAGCCGCGCUCGCGGCGGCGGCGCGCGAGAUGCGGGAGCGGCUGACCGGCGGCGAGCCCGAGGCUAGCGCUCCCGGUCUACGCCGGCCGGCUCACACUAGUGCAUGGUUAAGAGCGCCGCUCCUGAUCUACGUCGGCCGUCUCGGCGUCGAGAAGCGGCUGCGCGACCUGCGCGACGUGCUGUCGAAGCUGCCGGGCGCGCGGCUCGCGUUUGUGGGCAAGGGGCCGGACAUGGAGGGCUUGCGCGAGUACUUUGCCGGCGAGAGCGUCCCCCCACAGCCACGGGCACUGAACCCACACUGGAUUCGAGACUCGGGAUGGUAUGGCGAGGAGCUCUCGCGCGCCUUCGCCGCCGCCGAUGUCUUUGUGAUGCCAUCCGAUUCGGAGACGCUCGGGUUCGUCGUGCUCGAGUCGAUGGCGAGCGGCGUGCUUGCGGUCGGCUGCAACCUAUUGAAAAGUGAACUCUUCAUGAAUGGGUGGCAGGCGAGCGGCGUGCCUGUUGUCGGCUGCAACCUACUCAAAAGUGAACUCUUCAUGAAUGGGUGGCAGGCGAGCGGCGUGCUUGCGGUCGGCUGCAACCUACUCAAAAGUGAACUCUUCAUGAAUGGGUGGCAGGCGAGUGGCGUGCCUGUUGUCGGCUGCAACCUAUUCAAAAGUGAACUCUUCAUGAAUGGGUGGCAGGCGAGUGGCGUGCCUGUUGUCGGCUGCAACCGCGGCGGCAUCCCUUCCCUAAUCGACGAUGGGAAGACGGGCUUCCUCUUCGAGCCAGGCGGCAGUCAAUCAGGCUCCCUCUUCGAGCCAGGCGACACGGAGGAGCUCGCGGCGCGGGCGGCCGCCGCGCGUGCCGAGGCAGAGAGGUGGGGCUGGGAGGCUGCGACGACGCGGCUGCGCGAAGAGCAGUACGUCCAGGCGGCGAUCUCCCCCUGA